AUGUCCCACCAGCGCUCUCUAUUGAUUCCUUCACCACGAACCCCCGGUAAAGAAGAACUACCAUAUACCCCCGUUUCGUUGAAACCAGUUUCUGAGAACCCUAAACCUUUUUCUGGGAUGGCUUUAAAUUUGAAUUCCCAGUUUGAAAAUGAAAAUUCUCCACUUCCGGAUUCUAUCCAAAAUUCCUCAUCCCAGCGAAGUACUUCGUCGAUUUAUUCGAAGGCCUCUGGUGGGCAUUCUGUCAGGGAGGUUAGCUUUGAGCUGGGAUCAAAGCCCUCCGUGAGGCACGGGUCAAGGGGUGCUGAUUCCGAAAGGUUUAGCUCCUCCUUUAAAGAGGUUAAUGAUCAGGAUGCAAGAUUGGUGUAUAUAAAUGAUCCCGAGAGAACGAAUGAGAAGUUUGAAUUUGCCAGGAACUCGAUCAGAACUGGGAAAUAUUCUAUCUUGACGUUCUUGCCCCGUAAUUUGUUUGAGCAGUUCCAUAGAGUUGCCUACAUAUACUUUCUUGUGAUUGCUGUACUCAAUCAGCUUCCCCAGUUGGCUGUUUUCGGUCGUGGAGCUUCAAUUAUGCCGUUAGCAUUCGUGCUAUUAGUUACAGCUGUUAAGGAUGCGUACGAGGACUAUAGAAGGAAUCGUUCAGACAAGAUUGAGAACAACAGAUUGGCGUGGGUUUUGGUGAAUGAUCAGCUCCAACAGAAGAAAUGGAAAGAUAUACGUGUUGGGGAGACCAUUAAAGUUUCUGCAAAUGAAACUCUUCCAUGUGAUAUGGUGCUGCUGUCUACGAGUGACCCUACUGGGGUUGCUUAUAUCCAGACGACUAAUUUGGAUGGAGAAUCAAAUCUGAAGACUCGGUAUGCAAAGCAGGAGACGCAAAUGAAAAACCCGGAGAAGGAAAAGAUAAGUGGGUUGAUCAAGUGUGAGAAACCCAAUAGGAACAUUUACGGUUUCCAGGCAAACAUGGAAAUUGAUGGAAAGCGUGUUUCCCUUGGACCUUCAAACAUUAUCCUUCGUGGUUGUGAGCUUAAGAACACUACUUGGGCACUUGGGAUUGCCGUUUAUGCUGGACGAGAGACAAAAGCGAUGCUCAACAACUCUGGAGCUCCAUCCAAACGAAGCCGUCUUGAGACAAAGAUGAACCAGGAGAUUAUUUACCUCUCUAUAUUUCUUGUAGUACUGUGUACAGUAAUCUCUGUUUGUCAUGGUGUCUGGUUGAGGCAACACAAGGACGAUUUGGUUCUGAUGCAAUUUUACAGGAAAAAGGACUAUUCGGAAACUGAAGUUGAGGAUUAUAAUUAUUAUGGUUGGGGUAUGGAGAUAUUCUUCGUAUUCCUCAUGUCAGUUAUUGUGUUCCAGAUCAUGAUUCCCAUAUCGUUGUACAUAUCCAUGGAACUUGUUCGUGUUGGUCAGGCUUACUUUAUGAUCAGAGAUAAUAGGAUGUUGGAUGAGGCCUCCAAUUCAAGAUUUCAAUGUAGGGCUUUGAAUAUAAAUGAAGACUUGGGGCAGAUAAAAUACGUUUUCUCUGAUAAAACUGGUACACUGACUGAGAACAAGAUGGAAUUUCAUUGUGCAAGCAUAGGAGGUGUAGACUACAGCGGUGGGAAGGCCUUGGCUGAAGAUGAACAGAUUAGUUACUCGGCUAGAGUUGACAGGCAGGUUUUCAGGCCAAAGAUGAAGGUAAAGGUGGAUCCGGAGCUUCUCAGUUUAUCAAAACAAAAACACACAGAUGAAGGCAGACAUGUUCAUGACUUUUUCAUAGCAUUGGCAGCUUGCAAUACAAUUGUGCCUCUGACUGUGGAGACAUCUGAUCCUGCUCUGAAGUUGAUAGAUUAUCAGGGAGAGUCUCCAGAUGAACAGGCAUUGGUCUAUGCAGCUGCAGCUUAUGGUUUUAUGCUUAUUGAACGAACUUCAGGUCAUAUACUUAUUGACGUUCAAGGGGAAAGGCAAAGGUACAAUGUCUUGGGUUUGCACGAGUUUGAUAGUGACAGGAAGAGGAUGUCAGUCAUUCUAGGAUGCCCUGACAAAACGUUUAAGGUAUUCGUUAAAGGUGCUGAUACGACCAUGUUUAAUGUGAUUGAUCAGUCCUCGAACUCGAACGUUGUGAAGGCAACUGAAGACCACCUUCACUCCUAUUCCUCAAAGGGUUUGAGAACACUUGUUGUUGGAAUGCGGGACUUGAGUGCAUCUGAAUUUGAACAAUGGCAAUCAUCUUAUGAGAAAGCAAGCACUGCCUUGAUGGGGAGGGUGUCUUUACUCCGUAAGGUUGCUUACAACAUAGAAAACUCUCUUAGCAUAUUAGGUGCAUCUGCGAUUGAAGAUAAAUUGCAGCAAGGAGUUCCAGAAGCAAUUGAGUCCUUGAGAAAUGCUGGUAUCAAGGUUUGGGUUUUGACUGGGGACAAGCAAGAAACAGCUAUUUCAAUUGGCCACUCCUCUAAGCUCUUGACAAGUAAGAUGACCCAGAUUGUAGUCAACAACAACUCUAAGGAGUCGUGCAAGAAGAGCCUAGAAGAUUCUUUGUUAAUGUUUAAGAAUCUUACUACCGAUUCUGACGAUACAAGAGGAGGUUCUGGAGCUAGAAUGACAGAAAUUGCAUUAAUUAUUGAUGGUACAAGCCUUGUUCAUAUUCUUGACACCGAACUUGAAGAACAGCUUUUUGAAGUAGCCAGCAAAUGCGCUGUGGUAUUAUGUUGUCGAGUAGCUCCAUUGCAAAAGGCUGGAAUUGUUGCCCUGAUGAAAAACAGAGCUAACGAGAUGACCCUUGCUAUUGGUGAUGGUGCAAAUGACGUUUCAAUGAUCCAGAUGGCUGAUGUUGGUGUUGGCAUCAGUGGACAAGAGGGUAGGCAAGCUGUCAUGGCAUCAGAUUUCGCAAUGGGUCAAUUUAGAUUUUUGGUCCCAUUAUUAUUGGUACAUGGACAUUGGAAUUAUCAGCGGAUGAGUUACAUGAUAUUAUACAACUUCUACAGGAGUGCAGUUUUCGUUCUUGUAUUAUUUUGGUAUGCUCUCUUUACAGGUUUCACAUUGACAACUGCUAUCACUGAUUGGAGCAGUAUGUUAUAUUCAAUAAUCUACACGUCGGUUCCUACUAUAGUUGUCGGGAUUCUUGAUAAGGAUUUAAGUAGAACAACUUUGCUGAGGUAUCCACAACUUUAUGGGACAGGGCAAAGGCAAGAAAGCUACAACACAAAUUUAUUCUGGGUAACAAUUAUGGACAUGUUCUGGCAAAGCAUAGCGACCUUCUUUGCACCUCUGAUCGCAUAUUGGGGAAGCGAUAUUGAUGGUUCGAGCAUCGGAGAUCUUUGGACAAUUGCAGUGGUAAUUGUGGUUAAUUUACAUUUGGCCAUGGACGUCUUUCGCUGGUAUUGGAUAACUCAUGCAGCCAUCUGGGGAUCAAUUGUCGCUACUUUCAUUUGUGUCAUGGUUAUUGAUGCUCUUCCUUUCCUACCUGGUUACUGGGCCUUCUUUCAUAUUGCUGGGACUAAAUUGUUCUGGGCAUGCUUGCUUGGCAUCACAAUAGCGGCACUGCCGCCAUUCGGUCGCCAUUUUUUCUUCUUCACCCUCUUUGAGUUGGUGUUAAUGGACUGUAGACUUCUUUCUUUCAAUCAGAUCAGUGGUGUGGCUUGUAAUUUCCGAGCUAUUGCUGUUCAAAAAAGUAAUCCAUAUCGUCUGUCCUCUUUUACUCGGCCAGGGCCAUUUCAUUGCACUCUAAAUUGUUCAAUGAAGUCCUAUAGGCUAUCAGAUCUUACUACAUCCGAGGUUGAUAGCCUCAAAGCUCGUCCUCGAAUUGAUUUUUCUUCCAUUUUUGAUGUGGUUCAACCAAUUGUUGAUGACGUACGCAGUAGAGGCGAUGCAGCUGUUAAAGACUAUACAAUGCGAUUUGACAAAGUGAAACUAGACAAUAUAGUCGAGAAUGUCAAUGAACUUCCCGAUCCAGAGCUUGAUGCAGCUGUUCAAGAAGCAUUUGAUGUGGCUUACAGUAAUAUUUUUGCAUUUCAUGCUGCUCAGAAGCCUGUAGAGAAAAUUGUCGAGAACAUGGAAGGUGUUAGGUGCAAGCGAGUGGCAAGGAGUAUUUCAGCUGUUGGUCUCUAUGUUCCUGGGGGCACAGCUGUUUUGCCUUCAACUGCUUUGAUGCUUUCAGUUCCUGCCCAGAUAGCCGGGUGCCAAACUAUUGUACUGGCAACUCCCCCUACUCAAGAUGGCAGCAUUUGUAAGGAGGUCCUUUAUUGUGCCAAGAAAGCUGGUGUUACUCAUAUUCUUAAAGCUGGAGGUGCUCAGGCCAUUUCUGCGAUGGCUUGGGGAACCGAAUCUUGCCCUAAGGUUGAGAAGAUAUAUGGACCUGGUAAUCAGUAUGUUACAGCUGCAAAAAUGAUCCUCCAGAACAGUGAAGCUAUGAUUUCGAUAGACAUGCCUGCUGGACCAUCAGAAGUGCUUGUCAUUGCAGAUAAACAUACCAACCCUGUUCAUAUAGCUGCCGAUUUACUUUCACAGGCUGAGCACGGCCCUGACAGCCAGGUUGUUCUUGUAAUUGCUGGAGAUGGUGUGGAUCUAACUGCUAUUCUGGAUGAGCUCAACAAGCAGUGCCAAAGCCUGCCAAGGGGAGAGUUCGCUUUAAAAGCACUGAGUCACAGCUUCGCUGUUUUUGCACAUGAUAUGAUUGAGGCUAUCAAUUUUUCUAACUUGUAUGCACCUGAGCAUUUGAUCAUCAAUGUGAAAGAUGCUGAGAAGUGGGAAAGUUUCAUCCAGAAUGCAGGUUCUGUAUUUUUGGGUCAGUGGACACCCGAGAGCGUAGGAGAUUACGCGAGUGGAACAAACCAUGUUCUUCCAACGUAUGGUUAUGCACGGAUGUAUGGUGGUGUCUCUUUAGACUCGUUUUUGAAGUACAUUACAGUCCAGUCACUGACAGAGGCAGGGUUGAAGAAGCUUGGCCCUUAUGUAGCAACUAUGGCUGAAGUCGAGGGUCUGGACGCCCACAAGAGAGCUGUGACCCUCAGACUAAAGGACAUCUAA